UGAUUUAUUACCUUGGACAACUUGGAGGCAGCACUCAAAUAUCAGAAGAGGCCAGAGCGCUUCAGGAGCACACAGAGAACUGCGAACAGAGAAGCUUCUGAAUUCUUGAGCCAUUGGACUGCAUCAAGAUGAUGAAAAAAGCCAAGGUUUUAGAUCCCACUGCUGCUGGGCAAGGCGGACUGGAAAUUCUACCUCUCAAGAGACAAGGCAUCAAAAGGAGAUCUAAGGUUCCCGGUGUUAUGAUUACACAGUACAUUGAGGAACUUCCUGAGGGGAUGACAACUCCAGACUUCACACGUAAACCCAUCGCUUUAACCAUUCAAGAAGGAAAACUAGCCAUUUUUAAAGCCAAAGUGAUUGGAAACCCAGCACCCACUGUAACCUGGCAUAGAGGACUAAUUCUUGGGAAGGCUGAAGCUAUUGGAGUUGGAGGUGGUGCUGUAGCGGUGGUAGGAGCAGUAAUGGCUGCAGGAGCUACAGGUACUGGAGAAGCUGGUGGAGCCGGAGGAGCUGGAAGGGCUGAUGGAGCUGGAGGUGCCGGUGGAGCUGGAGGAGCCGGUGGAGCCGGAGGUGCUGGUGGAGCUGAAGGAGCCGGUGGGGCUGGAGGAGCUGGAGGAGCCGGUGGGGCCGGAGGAGCUGAUGGUUCUGGAGGAAGCGGUGGCGAGGGAGGAGAGGGAGGAGAUGGAGGAGACAAGAAGCGUCAAAGAGCAGGACCUCUUGUACCAGAGAAUGUCGUAGGAAGCUCAAACGCACCCAGCACAGUUCCAGAUGUGAGCAUGGAGCGUUGUAAACAGGAAGGGGAAGCCGAGGGCUGUACUCGUGUAAGACAAGGUCCACUGAUACCAGACACAGUGACUGGUGGAGGUAACCCAUCAGAUAAAGAAAAACCAUCAGGUUCCGGUAAUCCAUCAGGUUCCAGUAAUCCAUCAGGUUCCGGUAACCCAUCAGGUUCAGGAAACCCGUCAGGUUCUGAAAAUCCUUCAGGUUCUGGGAACCCAUCCGGGUCUGCUAGUGCUUCAGGUUCUGGCAGCGCUUCAGGUUCGGGGGACCCACCAGGCCCCGGAAAGCCACCAGGUCCUGGAGGGCCAUCAGAGGGCAGCACUGAAGCUACAAAGGAAGAAAAAAGAGCUGAAGAUGAAAAGGAUGAGUCAGCUAAAGCUGGCAAGCGUUCAGGCCGUAAAAAACAAGGCCCACAGGUUCCGGAGACAGUUGUUGAUCCUGGUGUUCACUUUUCUGCUGGGCUGGAAGACUGCAAAGCUAUUGUGGGAGAGGCAGCUGAACUAGUCUGCAAACUUAGCAGUGCUGACUGUAAUGGCGUCUGGUCCAAAGAUGGCAAUGAGAUUACUGCCUCCACUGAGGGUAUAACUAUCAGCAGAGAGGAAGCCGUUCACAAACUGAAAAUUGCAAAAGUAACAGACGAAUUUGCUGGAAAAUAUCGAUUUGAGGCUGAUGGGCGUAAAACUGAAUGUGUGAUUGUUGUUGAAGAUCCACCGAGAUUCAGUGACAAGGAAAUUGAAGCAUUUGCAAAACCGAUUGUGAUCAAACACAAUCAGAAAGCCACCUUUAAAAUUCCAUUUAUUGGCCGUGAGCCAUUCAAAGUCCAGUGGUACAAAGAUGGUGAAGAGCUCAUGCCAGACUCUCACUGCAAGAUUGAGAUUUCAGAGGGUGAAAGCCGUCUGCUUCUCACCAAACUACAGCGUAAAGACACUGGGGAAAUAAAAAUCAAAGUCAAAAAUGAGUUUGGUGCAGCUGAAGCCAUUUCUAAUCUAGUUGUACUUGAUAAACCUACCCCCCCACUUGGACCACUGGAGAUCAUUGAGGCAUCUGCCAACUGCAUUGAGAUCAAGUGGAGACCACCAAAAGACAAUGGUGGUUGCCCUAUUAAACAUUACAUACUUGAGCGUAACCAAAUUGGACGCAACACAUGGAAAAAGAUAGGCCAGAUCCCAGGUGAAGCCCACUACAGAGACACCGAUGUUGACCAUGGCAGGAGAUACUGUUAUCGUAUCAGAGCCGAGACUGAUGAGGGCAUCAGUGAACAGAUGGAGACUGAGGAUGUGCAGGCUGGCACUAAAGCAUAUCCUGGUCAGCCAUCUGCUCCUAAAGUAGCCAGUGCCUUCAAAGACUGCAUUAACCUGACAUGGAGUCCUCCAACCAACACUGGAGGAACCAGUAUUUUGGGUUAUAACUUAGAGAAACGCAAGAAGGGCAGCAACUUGUGGGGUCAAGUCAAUCCAACAGAUCAGCCAAUCCAAGCAAAGAAAUAUCCUGUAAAAGAUGUAGUUGAAGGAAUGGAGUAUGAGUUUCGUGUGUCUGCCAUCAACAUAUCUGGAGCUGGUGAACCAAGUAACCCCUCAGAAUUUGUGUUUGCAAGAGAUCCCAAAAAACCCCCUGGUAAAGUCAUUGACCUUAAAGUGACAGACUCCACCUAUACUACCUUAUCCUUGUCUUGGACUAAACCAAAAGAAGAGCCUGGUGUUCAGGAUGAGGCCAAGGGAUACUUUGUGGAUGUCAGGCCUGCUGAGAACACUGAAUGGGAUCGAUGCAUCACAAAUGCCAUUACCAUGACCUCUUACACUGUAAAGGGACUGAAAUCAAUGGCCAUGUAUUGGGUUAGAGUGAUCGCCGUCAAUGAAGGUGGAGAGGGUGAGCCACAGGAGCUGAACAACUACAUCUUGGCUAUGCCUCCUCCAGUGAGACCGAGAUUCACGGAUUCUAAGAUCAAGAGCUUCAUUGUGGUCAGAGCUGGAAAUUCUGCACGAUUCAACAUCAACUUUGAGGCUUCCCCACUGCCUGAUGUCAUCUGGCUUAAAGAUGGUAUCCCUGUGUCCAAACGUGCCACUAUUAGCAAUGCUGAGGGAGGUUCUCAGAUCCUGAUCCCAUCUGCAGAUCGCUCCGAUACAGGAAUCUAUACCAUCAUAGUCAAGAACGUUGUGGGACAAGAGACCUUCAGUAUUGAGAUUAGAGUUACAGAUGAGCCAAAGCCCCCAGGCCCCAUAGAGUUGGAUGAGAAUGUUCCGGGCACGGUGACAGUUUCCUGGGAACCAUCCCCAGAUGAGAAACGCGAUGAUCGCCUGCAUUACAUGGUGACCAAGAGAGACUCGAGCAAGAGGACCUGGCACACUGUAGCAGACCGUAUCUUCAACAACCGUUUCACAGCCUGUAACAUCAUGCCAGGGAGAGAAUACCAGUUCCGUGUGUACUCCAAAAAUGACAUUGGCCUGUCUGCCCCUUCGGAGUCACCAAAAUGGCUAAUCACAUGCAAGAAAGAAAAAUUCACACUGAACAUCCCAGAGUCCAAGACCUGCAACUUGGAGAGUCCUCCGAGGUUUAUGGUUCCCCUGAAAAUCCACACAGCCCCACAAGGCUACGAGUGCUACAUGAGCUGUGCCGUGAGGGGCAAACCCACACCCCAUGUCACCUGGUACCGCAACAAUGUCAGCCUCAACACUGACACCAACUACUACAUCACUAACACCUGUGGAGUGUGCUCCAUGCUCAUUCUCAGGGUUGGAGCCAAAGACAUGGGAGAGUAUAAAGUCAUAGCUGAGAGCUCACUGGGAAGAGCAGAGUGCACCACCAAUCUCGCAGUGAGAGUAAUGCUUAAUAACUUCCAGUGCCUUGACAAGCCUGGUCCCAUAUCUAAGGGAGGAGUCACAGUUCCUCAUCACACUCAGGUCUUUGAUCAGAACUCACGGGUAAGACUAUCCCUCAGCCAACACCCUAAGGAGCAACAGGACACCUUUGAGGGCCAUCUCAAGUUGGAUCGCAAAGGUACAAGUCACAAAGAAUCAGAUAAUUUGGACAACAUCUUCAAUUAA